CGCCACCGCCACCCAAUUACACGCAAAACAAAGCAUCACUUAUACUCCCAGGAUACCCAGGAUCCGUGCCGUAGAAGGCUGUAUUGGUUUUGUGGAACAACCAUCUCCUAAAUAAUGCAUAGUUCUAAGCAUAGGAGCAGACUUCGGAUUUCUCCUACUUGGCUGCCAUGAAUGCCACUUCGCCAAAGUCAUCGUUGGUCAAGCUCGGCCUCCACACCAACAAACAAAAGACGCUCAAGGUGAUGGUGCUCGGCCAGAGCGGUGUGGGCAAGACGGCCAUGGUGGUACGCUUUAUCACACGCCGUUUUAUUGGGGAAUAUGACCCGAAUCUGGAGAAGAUAUAUACGUGCCAAACAACACUGGACAAAGAGCAGGUGCAGUUCGAUAUACUAGAUGCCACAGGGCAGUUACAGGAACUGGAUGGUGUUACUUUGGAGUCGAAUAUACGCUGGGCGGAUGCCUUUAUACUCAUGUAUUCCAUAACGGACAAGUGUUCCUUUGAUGAAUGCAGUCGUUUGAAGUUCCUCAUUAACUAUAACAAGCGAAGACGUAAGCUGGGAUCGGCUAGUAAAGAGUACACUUUGGAUAUACCGGUAAUAUUGGUAGGCAACAAGACAGAUCAACCCGGAGAUCGCAUGGUAAGCCUAGAAGAAGGGCAGCGUCGCUUUAGAGAGCUCUCCUGCGCUUGUUUCCAUGAGAUAUCCGUCAGAGAAAGUGUGGAUCAGGUCCUCAAUGUGUUUCGUGAUGUGUUUCGCUUUUGGCGUGUUUUCACCAAAUUUCCCAAGCUCAAACGUUCCACCAGCGAUGUGGCGAAUGCGGCCGAUGGCAUUCUGACACCUGAUUCCGGAUCCUGUUCCUUUUACGAUGCCUCGUCGCUGGGCGCCGGCCGGCGUUCCUUCCUGGUCAUUGGCAGUGCCUGCCUGGAGGAGAGCAGUGGAGGCGAUCAUACAGAGUCCACAGAUGAGAUUGCGAGCAGCAGUUUGAGCAGCUCACGAAGCGACAUUGAUGCCCCAUUCCGGAGUCGAGCCUCGACAGAUGGCACCCUGUUGUCUCGGCCUAGGAGAUGGCGGUAUCCACCGCCGGGGUGUCUGCUGCCGCACACAAAUCGCGUCGAGCGACGCAUGAGCAUUUCCACAAGGGGCAGUAAUGCCAGCUAUUGAAUGGCUUGAAUCGCUAGGGCGGGGGACUUGAAUGCAGGGGGUAGAGUGAAUAGUUAGUCGAAAUGUAGCGCCAAAUAUAUA